AUGACUCUCUCCAAGCUUACUCUACCAUGGCAGCCUCGAAACUCCACUGCGUUUCAAGUAAUGUCAGACUUGCACCUCGAAGUCGGUCAACAAUAUUCAGACUUCCAUAUUGAACCACGAGCUCCCCGGCUGAUCCUGGCAGGCGAUAUUGGCCGUCUUGCAGAUUAUAACGCUUAUCGCGAGUUUUUAUGCACCCAAUGCGAGAACUUCAAGGCCGUCUAUCUUGUCUUGGGUAACCAUGAAUUUUUUGGAGUCUCUCGCCGGGAAGGUCUGCGUCUAGCGGACCAACUCCAAGAAGAACCGCAUAUGAACGGCAGAUUGAUCAUAUUGAAUCGGAAAAGGGCUGAUAUCGAUAAUAUCACUAUUCUGGGUUGUACUCUGCAUUCACACGUACCACCUGAGUCGGAGCAGAUUGUUGCCCACAAAAUUAACGACUUCCGCCGUAUCCAGGAGUGGACUGUUGCCAAUCACAACUCAGAGCAUGCUGCAGAUUUGAAGUGGUUGGUGGAGGAGAUCAGCUCACUGAGAAAUACAGGGCCUGGGCCGAAGCGAAAGAUUGUUGUCAUUACACACCAUGCUCCUUCAACCAGGGGAACAUCUAAACCCUCAGAUGAGGGAAAUCCAUGGAGUUCUGCUUUUGGGACAGAUCUUUUGGAUACUUCGCAGAAGUCGUGUCUUGAUCAUGUGCAUUGUUGGAUAUAUGGUCACACCCAUCAUUCUUCAGAAUCUAUCCGCGGGCAGGUAAGGCUUGUGAGCAACCAGCGAGGCUACGUACUUCCGGGACAGAGCAGCCUACGUCCUAAAAGCUCAGGAGGUAUCAUGGCAAAAUAUUUUGGUUUAAAGGACCAUAGCAAAGGCAAGCACAAUAUCUUUGAUAUAGGAAAGGUCAUCGAGGUCUGA